UUGGUGGAAUGGACCAGACUAAUGACAGCAGUAAUGAUGGAUAUGGAUCUAAACCCCCACCCUACAACCCUCAGGACUAUGGACAGAAUCCUUAUACAGGAGUGAACUAUCAGGUGGGGAAGGGGAACAUUGCAGUGGUGUCUCCUCCUGGCAUCUAUGAAAACAUUGUCCAUCCUGACGGCCAAACAGCACCUGGAGGCAACCUGUCUGGUGGUCAAGCUCCCCCUGAGUACACUCAUGGCUUAGAGGAUAACAGCUUCAGUGAUGCUGCCAUACGAAGAGGUUUCAUAAGGAAAGUCUACUUGACCUUGAUGACUCAGCUACUUGUGACUGUCGGGAUCAUCUGUGCUUUUCUUUACUGGGACACUCUCAGGGAAUGGACAUUUGCCAACUCCUGGUUCUCCUUCUCCUUGAUGGCGGCGGCGAUGGUGCUCAUUUUGGCCUUGUCCUGCUGUGACAACCUCCGUCGUCAAGUCCCCCUCAAUUUCAUCGCCCUGGGCCUGUUUACUAUCGUAGAGGGUCUGAUGCUUGGAUCUGUAACAGUGUACUUUGAAGCCGAAGCUGUUCUGUGGGCCGUCGGGGCAACAGCGUUAGUGUCUUUCGCCUUGAGUCUGUUUGCUAUGCAGUCAAAGUGGGACUUCACCACAGCAAAUGGGAGCCUGUGGGUGUUUGCCUGGACCCUCUUUUCAUUUGCAUUGCUCUGUGGAAUCCUCCGAUCGCAGUAUUUAUACAUCACAUACGCCUGCUUGGGAACCUUGCUGUUUUCUUUGUACUUGGUGUUUGAUACCCAGCUUAUCCUGGGUGGGAAACACAGGACCUAUCAACUCUCUCCUGAGGAGUAUGUGUUUGCUGCUCUAAACCUCUAUUUGGACAUUGUCACCCUGUUCCUCAUGCUGCUGAAGCUCAUCGGCCUCUGCCGCUGACACUGAACCUCCAUGACAGGCCUCCAAAAAGCAACACUGACACUUGCUACACACUAAAACCCUACUGCUGUUUGAAUAUCAAAUUGUACAUGUAUCUAUGAUACUGAAUAAUGCGUCUGCUGCCAUAUUUAAACAGACAGGGAUGUCUGUGAUGUUCCCGAGAUACAGCUCUUUGUCUUAACAUCUUCGUAAUUGUCCUGAGUCAAGGUUAAUGUUAUUAUGCUGGUUUUUAUACUGCACUACCAUGUAUUUCUACCUACAACUCAUGAGUCACGUCCGGAAUAACACUUGUUUCUAUUAA